CUUUAUCCCCGCCAAGCCUCGGCCGGACAGAGACGGCUGCAUCUCGGUCACCACACACGGGGUGGUCCGAAUUAGAGAAAGAAAAAGUGACACAAACUCCGAGGACAAGUUUGAGCCAUCUUUCUUUUUUUUCUUUUCUCUCACGGUGAUAGGCUGUCUGUGUGUCAGAGCAGCGCGCGCUGGUGAGCAGCAUACAUGGAGAGCUGAGCAGCGAGCUCAGACUGAGCUGCAGCUGAACCUGUUGCCGUGAGCUGGAGGAAGGAGGCAGAAGAAACAAGUACACACUAACGGGGAUUUUACACACAGAGGGAAGCUGGCACGCGUGUUUCGGGCAUGGAUAACACUGGAUUUUGGAUAUUCCUGAUGACAACUUGUGUAAUUCCCGGGAUAAAUGGCCAGACUGUGGAAAUGGAUGAUGGGAAGUGGGGGUAUGUUGGCUCGAAGGUGGAUCUCCGCUGUCGGUUCAUCAACAGCUCCCCGCCUGUCAAAAUCUCCCAGGUGACAUGGCAGAAACUGGUAAAUGGCACCAAGCAGAAUGUGGCGAUCGCCAAUCCCUCGCUUGGUGUGUCUGUAGCCCCGCCCUACAGGGAUCGAGUAUCCUUCAAAAAUGGAGCAGUGAGGCGACGAACUCCAAAUCUAGAAGACACUACUAUCACCUUUUCCUCUCUACGCCUCUCUGAUGAAUGCACCUACAUCUGUGAAUACACCACCUUCCCCGCAGGGAACAGAGAAAACAGCGUAAACCUCACUGUCUUUGUUCGCCCAACAACUCAAAUGAGCUUGUCUACGCCUACCCUCGUGGCUCGCUCAUCCAAUCUGAAAACACCGGUUGCCACCUGCAUUUCAGCCAAUGGAAAACCACCAGGAACCAUCAGGUGGGAGACAAGAGUGCCAGGAGAAGUGAUGACCCGAGAGUACAGAAACUCAGAUGGGACAUUCACCGUACAGAGCGACUACAUUUUGGUGCCAAGCAGAGAGACACACAAAGAGACGCUCACCUGUGUGACCUCAUACAAUGAGGAGGUCUUCACUGACAGCGUCACCCUUGAUAUUCAGUAUGAACCUGAUGUAAUGGUGGAUGGUUUUGACGGAAACUGGUACCUGAACCGUGAAAAUGUCCAGCUGAACUGCCUGGCUGAUGCUAACCCAGCUGUCUCUCUGUAUCAGUGGAGACUUAUCAACAACACAAUACCGAGUAAUGCAGAGAUCCGAGACAACGUCCUCAUAUUUAAAGGACCAGUCACAUAUGACAUACAAGGCACCUAUGUGUGUGACGCAACCAACAGCAUUGGGACAAGAUCAGCCUCUGUGGAGGUCAGCAUUAUAGACAAACCAUUACCACAGAUUGCAACUGGGGAUGUCAUCAGUGUAAUCGCCUUAUUACUGGCUGCUGGAGUGCUCAUGGGCAUCACUGUGACGGUUCUGGUGCUCAAAAUAAGAAGCAGAAAAGACGACUCCUCGAAUGACUCUCCGUCCAGAAAACUGUCCCAGCCGAUAAGGAAAAGACCAGCAGAUGACAUCCAGCAUUCAGGACGUUUCUAUGAAGAACUCCCCAACACGGCGGACUACGUGAGCUAUCGACUGGCCUGCAACAAGGAGGACUACCCUGAGCCCUACUCCCCUCCAAUCAACCCUCCUCUGUCGUUUCUGCCCCAGCACCCAUACCACUCAUCACACACAACCCCAGUAACCAGCAGCAGCAGCAGCAACACCAUGUCAAAAAACACUUUCUCUCCUCCACCACACACCACAGCCAUCUUUAAAUACCCUUCAGUACCAGGCCUGACUUCUCCUCCUCCAGGGGUCGGGGGGUACACUUUCCCCAAAGAGCAGUACGUCUGAACCGACUCUUCAUUUGUCAUAAACUCAAACUGCUCCAAAGAGGACAGAAGAAACAACCAGAUAUUCACCUGAAGGUUUCUGGAGAGGAGGAUUUGGUUUGACCCUGAACUAUCAGACGGUGUCUCUACACUGGCUUCAUCUUUUUGGACAGCUCCAGAAGUCAAAAGACAAUGCAGCUUCUGAUGUCGGACAUUUCAGACAAAGUCAAAUUUUAAAAUAUUUUCACUGUUUUGUCUUGUCUUACAUUAUACAGUCUAUGGUAUGAAAAGGGAAGAUUUUUAAACCAUGAGUUUUAGGAUCACAGGAGGUCAAGUCUGAGAUGAUUUAAUGUCAUUUAAAGAUAAAUAUUGCAUGGAUGUGUUACAUUUUAUUUACAAAUGCUUCAAGUGUAGGAUUAUUUCUUUAUCUCUGGUGUGAUUGACCCCUCACUUUAUCUGAUAUUGUAAAAUUUUGUAUAAAAAAGAUGAAAAGAAAGCUUAAAAAGUAUUAUAUACUCCAUUUAUUUCUACUGCCCACUCUCUAUAUCUCGUGUCACACAUCUACAAUCCUUCUACUGUAGAACAGAGGAACUCACCUUUUGCUUUACCUCCUGCCCAGAUAAAAUACUUUUACUGUGUUUGUAUUUUGUAUCUUUAAUGUUUUUUCUUUGCAAUGAAAAAAACAUUUUUGUUUACUGAAGAAAUAUUGUUUCAUGAAAUUGAUGUUUUUAUUCGUGGUAUUUGUGGGUUUUAGUUCUCAUUGAGACUGGUUGUUGGA